UGACGAAUAACCACAUUGAAUACAUUCGAAGAUUCGUGAAUGGAAGAAAACUACGAUAAGGGGAAAAAAUGAUCUGAACAGUGAAACCGUGCAAUGCAAGAUAUUGAAUUUUUCAGAAAAAAAGAAAGUUUUUCCUACUCCAAACUUUCGUCAAGCGACGCUAUUUAAACUCAACCCUUUUUUUAUCAGAAGAUAUUUAAUCAUUACCAAUCGACACUUUCGUCUUCACUUUUUAAUAUUUAAGUUUUUAAUAAAACUAACUUUUUUAAUAAUGGAUUUAGAAAACUUUUUCAUCUAUAACAACAAUGAGUUCAAUAAGAUGAUUUAUAAAGAAUUCUUUGGACCGCCAGAGAUACUUACAUCCGAACGGAAGGAGUUACAGAAUCCGCUGGAUAGAUAUUUUGCACUCAAAAGAUUAUUAUUGCUUCCUGACGAUAUUGAGAGUUCUGAAGUUGAUAAUUUAACUCGAACAGAUGCUAUUGAGAGGGAAAUAGAAGAAGUGUCCAAGAUCCUCUACAGUGACCCUCCAAACGUUGUUGAGUAUGCUCCAUGGUCUAAACAUGUAACACCUUUCUGCAAUAUGAUAAAGGACAAUACGAAGGAUACUGUUGCUACAGAGGCGCAAUCGUCAAAGCCGCUAAUGAAUCGUGGAUUCAAGGUUUGCUUAAGUACGCACGAGGACGGCUUCAAAACGGCCGUUACUUCCCAAGAGGUAUUUUACCCUCAUUCUAGCGAUAAACCCCCUUCAGAGGCAGAAGGUCUUUCUAAAGAUACGGACAAACGUGUUCACACAGCAAAUUACUUAUUUUUAACAAAAACAUACAAUUGGAAAUUCAUCAAUGACAUAUAAAUGUACAUAUAGUUUCAUUUCAGAAGCUCAGUGUUUUUUUUUAUAUACUAAUGUUGCUUAUUUAUGGCAAUAAAACAACAGUUAUUUUUAACAAUA